CGUCUCUUCAUCCUGAUUGGUCGCGGUCACGUUGCUGCUGAUGUGGUCUUCCGAAGUUAGCAAACGUGAACAGCCGAUUCAAACUUGUUCCCUGCUUUUUUAAUAUCGUAUCUGUGUUGAAAACAAUGCCUUACUAUCAGACGUGGGAGGAGUUCGCCCGUGCAGCAGAAAAACUGUACCUGACAGACCCCAUGAAGGUCAGGGUGGUUCUGAAGUACAGACACUGCGACGGAAACCUGUGCAUUAAAGUGACUGACAAUGCUGUGUGUUUACAAUACAAGACAGACCAGGCCCAGGACGUGAAGAAGAUCGAGAAGCUCCAUGGGAAACUGAUGAGACUCAUGGUGUCCAAGGAGACGCACAGUGGUGCCAUGGAGACGGACUAAAAUGCUCUUGAAGAGCUAAACUUUUGGAGCUCCUGGACUUGAGUUCAGAGGACAUGGAGAUUACUACAACAUCAGAGGGAGAUGAGGCUCAUAGAUGGGAAUGUGGAGAGAUGGAUCUGGCUGCCUGCACUGGUUUAAUGCUGUCAGAAAAGCGAUAUCUAUCUAUCUAUAUAUAUAUAUAUAUAUAUAUAUAUAUAUAUACUGUAUAUAUUCUAUUCUCUCCAAUUUUUUUUUUAAAGAUACCUUCUUACUCAUUUAAAAGCCCAGUGUCCCAAUUUUCAUUUGCAGGUAUUGUAUUUACAUCCCUCGUGGCAUAAAUCAAAUAGGAGGUCAGUGUGUGCUGCUCAGAAAUGUAAAGUGGGGGGUGGGACAGUAUCUGCUGCUGUGUAAGCAGCUUUGGCGCCUUGAAUUCUUUAAAGACCUUUGCAUUAAUUUUCAGUUUUGAAGGGAAACAAAGAUGGCAGAUGAAGACACUUUAUAUGUUUUUACAUCUUUCUAGCUAUGUCAUUAUUGUGCCACAUGAAUGAAGCACGGCUUUCUGAUUUCCCAGCAAGAGAAUGGAGAAACCCACAGUUCCCACACUGGCAUAUUCAAUAAAUAUUUGUUUACUCCAGUGGA